CUUCAUAUAUCAUACCAAGUAAGAAGACUAAUCACUUCACCCACAAAAAGUUUACUGAAAAAAUGGCCAAAGUCAGAUCUUUGCUUUUGAUUCUUCUAUUCAUCUCUGUCUCUCUAUCAACGGCUAGGAUCUUACCAGGAGAGUUUGUUCCCAUCAUCUUAUCCGGAGAGAUCUCUCCUGAUUCCAAAGCGGUGGUUGGUUGUGGAGGCGAGGCGCAGGAGACAAAGACGGGCUUUCCUGAAGUCUUCGCCGGAAAAUUUGGCUCCUUGGUGUUGAAUGCUCUUCCCAAAGGAAGUCGUCCAGCGUCUGGGCCCAGCAAGAAAAGUCAUGACGUCAAGACUUAAUUAUUUGAUGUUCUUUGUCUGAUCUUGUUGGUUUUGUUCUGUCUGAAUUCUUUUUUUACAAAACUUUUUGAAUAGAGAAUUUUGUAAAUGUUAUACUCAGAAAUUUCAGUAGAGAGUUUUAGAUUCUAUAGGGUCUUUUUGAAUUGAAAUGAUCAAGAAUGUUUGACUAUAAUCUUGUAUCCAUCGAUCAAUGUUUUUUGAUAAACUAGCUUUCUAUAUUCAAUGAUUGUUUAUUAGACUAAGCAAGGUCGUUAGACGCACGCAUAUAAGUUGAACUAAAAUAUAACAUUUAAAUUGAUGUAUAAUAUAUAGUCUCGGGGUAGCUGUAAUUAGGUUGGUUCCACAAAAAAGAUCCCAAGGCUUAAGGGACCUGAAAUGAGUGCAAAUUAUGUAAUUUGCCUUAACGCGUCUGAUCAACUUACUAUGAUCGCUUUAAUUGGUAUCUAUGUAGUAGAAGAUGAAUGUAGCA